AUGGAACUGCACUACACGCGCCACCACCAGACGUACAUCACGAACCUGAACAACGCGCUCGCGUCGCACGCCGAGGCGCUCUCUACGGGUAACCUGAUCAAGCAACUCGAGCUGCAGCCCCUGAUCAAGUUCAACGCAGGGGGGCACAUCAACCACACGUUGUUCUGGGAGGGGCUCACACCGCCACGGUCGUCGUCGUCGCCGUCGUCGUCGUCGGCGACUGACCUCUCGACCGCGGCCCCGAACCUCCACGGCGCCAUCGUCCGGCAAUGGGGCGGCGUCGAGCAGUUCAGAAGUGCGUGGGAGACCGCGGCGCUGGGGAUCCAAGGGUCCGGAUGGGCGUGGCUUGUCAAGACAGUGACACCUGGGGCCGGGGGAGCCGGCGACGGCGCUACGACCCUCGAAAUCACAACGUCGAAGGAUCAAGAUCUCCCCGCGUCCGGGAGGCUCGCGGUCCUGGGCGUCGACAUGUGGGAGCACGCGUAUUAUCUGCAGUACUGGAACAACAAGAAGGAGUACGUGGCCAAGAUAUGGGACGUGUUGAAUUGGAACACCGCCGAGAAGAGGUACCUCGGAGACCAUCGGGCGGUGUACGGUGAUCUGGUCGGCCUUGCAGGAAGACUGUAG